AGAACUAAAAUGGCUUUGUUAUAAGAUUUUAACCUGAAAUAUCCUUUUACAUAGGUUUUGUUUUUAAAAAAAUGAUUAUGAGUAUAUAUAGGAAAUGAGGAAAAAAGAAACUGAAAACUUCAUUGUGAUCGGAUAGAUUUGACCUCUCGUCCAUCCAUUAUCCUGAAUUUUGAAAAGUAAUGAAGAUAACUAUUAGACUAAAACGAUACUUUACAAGCUAAGCAGACAUUGACAGGAGUCGAGAAGUGCUUUCGUCUUGUCCUAACUUCAUUUUUAUUUCAAAAGGUUUCGUUUUCAAUUCUUUGAGUUGAAUGGUGAAAACUUCUAGGUCUGAGAAGUUAAGUGAGUCUCAAAUCAACCAACUUUGUGAAUUUUUUUCGACGAUUGUAUCAUGAUCAAAAUAGAUCACAUGUUUCGUGCUUUUUCUCGCCGUGUGUAACAAAGUUUGUUUAAAUUCAAUCAUAUAACAUAAAGAUUGACUUUUUGAACUAUCGUUGGACACAGCUAAAAUCUAAUCUUUUCCAAUAUUAGAAGAAAGAAUGUUAUUCAAGAUUCAGUGUUUAUAUAUAAUAGUCUAAUAGAUUUCCUUCAAAAUGAAAACAUCCGAGUUCAAACGAUUACAUUCUAAAGGAAUUUUAGGUUGGUUAGAUUUUUAUCAUACGAAUAUUAGUGAAUGGUCGGCGCUUCCCAGAUUUCUCUGCCAUUUCUAAAAUUCUUGGGUUGGUCUUAAAAUGUAGCCAAGAGUUGACAUUACAGCUUAACAGAGCCGGAUUUCUGAUUUUUGACUUAGUUUCUGAGAAAAAUAAUAUAAAAUAUCGGCUUUGUUAAGCUGUAAUGCCAACUCUUGGCUACAUUUUAAGACCAAUCCGAGAAUUUUAGAAGCGCCGACGCUCACUUUUUAAAAAGACGAUUUUUAAAAAUAACAAAACAAGUUAAUGCAUUUUAAAACUUAGUUUUCACGACAAAAAUAACCGAUUGACGAUUGGUAAGAGUAGUUAUAUAGGUUGUCGACUACGCUGAAUUCUCUGAGCAUGUGCAGCAUAUUCGUGCACUUCAAAAUUACUUUGAAUAAUCGAAAAACAGAAAAAUAACUUUUUUUUAUUGCACUGGGUCUUUAGAAAAACCUCUAAAAAUUCCCUAAAUCCAUCGUUAACACUAUAAACUAUAGUGCAUUCGAAAGUUGACACUUUGGGCUAUCCAGCGAUGUAGAAAUCUCAAAAUCGACUUUUUUUUCGAGGGGAAGCCUUAAGGCAUUUGAGAAAAUUUUUCUAAGUGCGCCAAAAUUGAACAUUUUAAGAUCAGAUUUGUUAUAUUUUGAAGGAAAAUAACUCUGCUUUUACAUUCGAACGAAAAAAGUUCUAUAGCUCCGUUACGCCUACUGUGCUAAGACGAAAAGUCAAAUUUUCUCGUUCUUUUGGAUGAGUUUUGGUAAAAUCGCUUAAAAUAAAUUUGUAUCCCAGUGUCUUUUGGACUUUUGGACUAGGAAGUACUCGAGAUUGCAUAUGCGCAAUAUUUCCUCCAUAGUCUCUUAUUUUUAAGUUAUAUAGAAAAAUAUUUAAUAUGUUUUCUGUAGAGAAUUAUAUCGUCUAAAAAAGAAAUUAAAAUUUUAUCAUAUUUCUGGACUGAGAUAUGUGCAGAAUAAAGAAUGUUGGAAACAUUUUGGAACACACGGUAUAGGUUCUCACUAAUACAUAUUUUCACAAUAAGCUGUUGUAGAGAAUUGAAUGGGGAAUCUUUCGCAAUAAGAUUGAAGAGAAUAAUAAUCAAGAGAAGCUGGUUCAUCCUGAAUCACUAGUUACUAUGAUCAUAUUCCAUUAUUAGCGAUGUAUUGUACGUAUUCUAGGGUCCGUGUAUUCGUUUAUUACAACAAAUGUACAAUUGUACAGUUGAAAUCUCACGUGAACAAUCAGCGCGUAAUUUAUUUGCAAAAAUAACCUAUAUUGUUCGAUAAGUAUUCUUUCCCUCUUUGAAAACAUAUUACAUUUCGAAGUUCAGUCUUUUUUUGUUUUAGUCAUCAUUCAAAAGAAGUUCGUGAUACAGUAACAUCAGGCAUAAUGAAUGCAGUGAAAUUAUCUGUUUUGGAAGGGGAAUCAAUAUAUAUGCAAAUACUAUUGAAAAAUUUACAUGGAGAAGCACUAGCAAAUGCAUUAAAAGCAACGAAUCAAUUGGUACCAUCAAUUUUUGAACCAAAAGUGAAUGAUGAAUGGAAAGAUAAAACAUGGUAUUGGACUGCACCGUCGAUGCUAGCUGGCUCAUGCAGUCCACCACCUGGCUUUGGGGUUGGUAUUGCACCAUCAGGCUUAACAAUGCCAUUACAAAGUUUUGGUUCAAUUUUACCGAAUUAUGAUUGUGAUUCAUUAGAUUUUACUUUCGAUCUACAAAAUCUUCCAUUCGAUCAAACUUAUCAAAAUGGUUGUGCACAGAAUAAUAGUCCAAACGUUCGAUCAGCAAGUGAUGGGAAUGAUUCUGAUACAACAGACCUGGAAAGUGAUAUUGAUCCAAUUCAAGUUAAUAUUAAUCUUAUUCAUGUUAAUCGUAUGCAAGAUCGUUUUCGUCAGUAUGGUAUUGGUAUUGGUGAAGAAUAUUCUAGAAUAACAUCAAUACUCAAUAUUCCACCAUUAAUCAGUUUAACAGAAACAGCACGAGAACGAAAAGUUCGAGCAAAAAAAUAUUGGUAUUUUAGUUUAUUAUUAGAAGGUGUUGUGAUAUGUGCGUAUGUUAGUGAUGGCAAAAAAAAUGAAGCAAAACGAAAAGCGUAUAAUACAAUGAUUAGUUUGUUUGCAAGUACACGAAGUUUAAAUUUGAAACCGGUUAAGAAUAAUAAAUUUAAAGUAAAUGCAACAAAUUAA